GAGAGAUGUCGUUCAAGGGCGCACGGCUCAGCAUGAGGAACAGAAGGAACGGCACGCCGGACAGCACGCGGACCCUGUAUUCCAGCACGUCCCGGAGCACCGACGUGUCCUACGCGGAGAGCGACUUGGUGAAUUUCAUUGAAGCAAAUUUUAAGAAACGGGAGUGUGUCUUCUUCACCAAAGAUUCCAAGGCCACGGAAAAUGUGUGCAAGUGUGGCUAUGCCCAGAACCAACACAUAGAAGGCACCCAGAUCAACCAAAAUGAGAAAUGGAAUUACAAGAAACAUACAAAGGAAUUUCCCACUGAUGCUUUUGGAGAUAUUCAGUUUGAGACUCAGGGGAAGAAAGGGAAGUAUAUCCGGCUGUCCUGCGACACGGACGCGGAGACGCUCUACGAGCUGCUGACCCAGCACUGGCACCUGAAAACGCCCAACCUGGUCAUUUCUGUGACUGGCGGCGCCAAGAACUUCGCCCUGAAGCCGCGCAUGCGCAAGAUCUUCAGCCGCCUGAUCUACAUCGCGCAGUCGAAAGGUGCCUGGAUUCUCACUGGAGGCACCCACUAUGGGCUGAUGAAAUUCAUUGGGGAGGUGGUGAGAGAUAACACCAUCAGCAGGAAUUCAGAGGAGAAUAUCGUGGCCAUUGGCAUCGCUGCUUGGGGCAUGGUCUCCAACAGGGACACCCUCAUCAGGAAUUGUGAUGUGGAGGGAUAUUUUUCAGCUCAGUACAUUAUGGAUGACUUCAAGAGAGACCCUCUGUACAUCCUGGACAACAACCAUACCCACCUGCUGCUCGUGGACAACGGCUGCCAUGGGCACCCCACCGUGGAGGCCAAGCUCCGGAAUCAGCUGGAGAAGUACAUCUCCGAGCGCACGAUUCAAGAUUCCAACUACGGUGGCAAGAUCCCCAUUGUGUGUUUUGCCCAAGGAGGUGGGAAAGAGACUUUGAAAGCCAUCAAUACCUCCGUCAAAAGUAAAAUCCCCUGCGUGGUGGUGGAAGGCUCGGGGCAGAUUGCCGAUGUGAUCGCGAGCCUGGUGGAGGUGGAGGAUGUCCUGACGUCAUCCAUCAUCAAGGAGAAGCUGGUGCGCUUCCUGCCCCGCACGGUGUCCCGGCUGCCUGAGGAGGAGACGGAGAGCUGGAUCCGAUGGCUCAAAGAAAUUCUCGAAAGUUCUCACCUACUAACAGUUAUUAAAAUGGAAGAAGCAGGGGAUGAAAUUGUGAGCAAUGCAAUCUCCUAUGCAUUGUACAAAGCCUUUAGCACCAAUGAACAAGAUAAGGAUAACUGGAAUGGGCAGCUUAAGCUCCUACUGGAGUGGAACCAGCUGGACAUAGCCAACGAUGAGAUUUUCACCAACGACCGCCGAUGGGAGUCUGCUGACCUUCAGGAAGUGAUGUUUACAGCUCUUAUAAAGGACAGACCCAAGUUUGUCCGCCUCUUUCUGGAGAAUGGGUUGAACCUGCGGAAGUUCCUCACCAACGACGUCCUCACAGAGCUCUUCUCCAAUCACUUCAGCUCCCUGGUGUAUCGAAACCUGCAGAUUGCCAAGAAUUCCUAUAAUGAUGCCCUCCUCACAUUUGUCUGGAAACUGGUUGCUAACUUCCGAAGAGGCUUCCGGAAGGAAGACAGGAAUAGCAGAGAUGAAAUAGACAUAGAGCUCCACGAUGUGUCUCCCAUUACUCGGCACCCCCUGCAAGCGCUCUUCAUCUGGGCCAUUCUUCAGAACAAGAAGGAACUCUCCAAAGUCAUUUGGGAGCAGACCAGGGGCUGUACACUGGCUGCCCUGGGGGCCAGCAAACUUCUGAAGACUCUGGCUAAGGUGAAGAACGACAUCAACGCUGCAGGGGAGUCGGAGGAGCUGGCAAAUGAGUACGAGACCCGAGCAGUGGAGCUGUUCACGGAGUGUUACAGCAACGACGAGGACUUGGCGGAACAACUCCUGGUCUACUCCUGUGAAGCCUGGGGCGGAAGCAGCUGUCUGGAGCUGGCGGUGGAGGCAACCGACCAGCAUUUCAUUGCCCAGCCCGGGGUCCAGAAUUUUCUUUCCAAGCAGUGGUAUGGAGAGAUUUCCCGAGACACCAAGAACUGGAAGAUUAUCCUCUGUCUGUUUAUUAUACCCUUGGUUGGCUGUGGCUUUGUAUCAUUUAGGAAGAAGCCCCUGGACAAGCCCAGGAAGCUCCUGUGGUACUACGUGGCCUUCUUCACCUCCCCGUUCGUGGUCUUCUCCUGGAACGUGGUCUUCUACAUCGCCUUCCUCCUGCUCUUCGCCUACGUGCUGCUCAUGGAUUUCCACUCUGUGCCCCACGCCCCGGAGCUGGUCCUCUACGCGCUUGUCUUUGUCCUGUUCUGUGAUGAAGUGAGACAGUGGUACGUGAACGGCGUGAAUUACUUUACUGACCUGUGGAAUGUCAUGGAUUCACUCGGGCUUUUCUACUUCAUAGCAGGAAUUGUGUUUCGGCUCCACCCUUCUAACAAAACCUCACUGUACUCGGGACGAGUGAUUUUUUGCCUGGAUUACAUUAUAUUCACCCUAAGGUUGAUUCACAUUUUCACGGUCAGCAGAAAUUUAGGACCCAAGAUUAUAAUGUUGCAGAGGAUGCUGAUCGAUGUAUUCUUCUUCCUGUUCCUCUUUGCCGUGUGGAUGGUGGCCUUUGGCGUGGCCAGGCAGGGGAUCCUUAGACAGAAUGAGCAUCGCUGGAGGUGGAUCUUCCGCUCAGUCAUCUAUGAGCCCUACCUGGCCAUGUUUGGCCAAGUGCCCAGCGAUGUGGACGGUACCACGUACGACUUCUCUCACUGCACCUUCACCGGGAACGAGUCCAAGCCCCUGUGCGUGGAGCUGGAUGAGCACAACCUGCCCCGCUUCCCCGAGUGGAUCACCAUCCCCCUGGUGUGCAUCUACAUGCUGUCCACCAACAUCCUGCUGGUCAACCUGCUGGUCGCCAUGUUCGGCUACACCGUGGGCACCGUCCAGGAGAACAAUGACCAGGUCUGGAAGUUCCAGAGGUACUUCCUGGUGCAGGAAUACUGCAGCCGCCUCAACAUCCCGUUCCCCUUCGUGGUCUUCGCCUACUUCUACAGGGUGGUCAAGAACUGCUUCCGAUGCUGCUGCAAAGAGAGGAACACGGAGCCCUCCGCCUGCUGUUUCAGGAAUGAAGACAACAUGACUCUGGCAUGGGAAGGUGUCAUGAAAGAAAAUUACCUUGUCAAGAUCAACACAAAGGCCAGCGACCCUUCAGAGGAAAUAAGGCAUCGUUUUAGACAGCUGGAUACAAAGCUUAAUGACCUCAAAGGUAUUCUGAAAGAGAUUGCUAAUAAAAUCAAAUAAAACCACAUGGACUCUGAUGGAGAAAAAUUUAAUUCUAGCAAGGUCGUAUCAGACGUCUACAUGGAGAAGAUUCAAGGGAUACUGCUGAGCAGUUGCAUCUUGACAACAGCUGUAUUCCUGACUAAGCGAGAAUUGUUCAGGCCCCUGGGUGCACCACGAUGGCUUUAAUCAUUCCAGUGUGCUCAGUCUGAGGAUAAAAUGUGUCUGAUUUCACUCAAGAAGACGGAUGUGAAGGAAGAACAUUUCCUUCCCCAUGCUUCCCCCCAGGCCGCCCUGUUGCUCUCUGCGUCUCCGUGGCUGGAGCCCUCUGUGGAUGCUUCAAGCUGCCCGGAGUUCUCCCAUUUCCUUCUCUUGUCCUCCUUGGACCCAUGCACAUCAGGGAACAUCUCUCCUAGGAAUAGCAACCUGGUCCUGCUUUCUCUCCUGGAUCCUUACUUUGUCUUCAACGGAUUCUCUUUUGUUUCUUUUUUUUUUUUUGGUAUUAUGUGACUAAUUAUCUGUCAUAGUGUUAAAAGUUUCUGCAGUCAGGUCAGAUUCUAAGACAUGCUACAGCUAGAGGACUCUGCUUUUUUUUUUUCAGGAGAAACUCUUAUCAUUUUUCUCUCUGAUCUUAAUCAUUCAAGCAUAAUCUUCCUGCAUGUGCCCCCAGAACCCCACUUGAUGGAAGUAUCCCCUUCCUAGCAGUGUGAAAAGGCACCUGAAAAUGAAUUCCUCAGAGGCGCAUCUGAUUUUGUUUUCACUGAAUGUUCCUCUUACUUAUUAUUUUCCCAUUAUAAAUAAUUCAUGGAUAUGAUAGGAAAUUCAUGGGUAUUAUAGAAAACAUAGACUAUGGGGAAAGUAGAAAAUAUAAACAGUCUCACUAUCUGAAGAUAAUCACUGCUAACAAGUCAGGGUGUUUAUCCAGAUCUGUUUUUUUUUUUUUUUUCUAUGCAUGUUUUAUGUCUCUUUUAAAAUUUUAUAUAAAGUCAGCAUACCACAUAUACAAUUUUACAUAAGCUUUUUCACUUAAUAUUUUAUCCAAGAUGUGUUCUUUAUAUACAGGGUCUUCUUAAACUUUACAUUAACACUUGCAUGCUAUUCAGUCUCUAAUGAUUUCUGCUAUGUUGGUCAUUGAAGGUGGUUUCUUGUUGGCCAAUGGGGUGAGCAUCUAUGUGCAUGAAUCUUUUUCCAUAGUUGGGAAAAUUUCCCAUGGCUAGAUUCCCAGGAAUAUGUACUUCUUAUCAAACUAUUUAUAAGGUUUUUUUUCAGAAAUGUUUAGCAAAUAGGAAUUAUUAGCUUGAUAUCAGUUCAGUUCAGUCACUCAGUUGUGUCCAACUCUUUGCGACCCCAUGGACUGCAGCACACCAGGCCUCCCUGUCCAUCACCAAUUCCCAGAGUUUACUCAAACUCAUGUCCAUUGAGUCAGUGAUGCCAUCCAACCAUCUCAUCCUCUGUUGUCCCCUUCUCCUCCCGCCUUCAAUAUAAGUCUUAUCAAAGCAUUUACAAGGCUUUUUCAAAAAUGUUUAGCAAUUGGGAAUUAUUAACACAAUACAGAACCUAGAACUCCUAAGAUAAAAUAUUGCAUCUAAUCCUUAGUUUAGGAAGAAACCAGUAGACUUAUUUCAGUAACAUAGAGGGUGAGGGCAUUGCUAUAGAAUUCAAGGUAUUAUCUUAUUGAACACCUGUAGUCUCAGCUUUGUCUGGAAAUGGUGUUAUCUUUGGGCAAAAGAAGUAAAUAAAGUUAUUUAAACAUCCGUGAUUAGUUUUUCCACUUUGAAUAGAAUGUACUCAGUGGCUAAAGAAGAAAAUCUUAGAAGGAAGCUAUUAAAUGAUUAUCUCAUUAGAAAAAUUACAAAAGCAUGAACCAAAAAAAUGUUUUUCUGUUUUGUCUGUGCAGUAGUUAAAAUGACUCCUCACAACAUUCAGGAUGUUUGUAGGGAAUGAACACAAAUAAAAGAUGUCUUUUUACCUAAACCUCUUUAAUGACCUGACAAGGAAUUUUAGUAGUGGGGAUGAUCAAUGCAUGGUUUUGGAUUCUGAAAGGUGGAACAAAAUUUACUUGACAAAAAUUGUCGAUGAAUGGAAUUUUCAAGUUUGCUCUGUUAGCAAGGGAAUUUCAUUUUUGUUUCACCAUAGCAACUAGAAGAACUGCCUUUUCUGAAUCCACCAAGAAGAGGCUUGUGUUAUCGCCAUAGUGACUGGAAAAAAAACAAAGUAUUUGGCCCUGUCCGUAAGACCACAUAGAGAAUGACAACCAUCCUAACCUUUUAUCCUCAAUUCAAAUGAUGAAUGUGAAUAAAAUCAGUAACUUGAAACUCUCCUAGAAGAUAAAAAUUUAGCAUAACUCUUGGCUGAUCUCCUUAAAUGUGCUUUUCCCUAUAUUCACAUUUUUACAGACUGUGCUUUUGUUAGUGUAAGAAAUAGGCCAUGUGCACAUCAAUAUCGUGAGUAAAAGCAACUGUUCCAUUGACGCUGAUGACGGAGAACUUGAACAACGCUCCAAGUUCACUUGGAGGAGCCGCCCAGUGCUUCCAGCUCGGCUUGUCUGGCAGAGGUUUCUGCACGGUUCCUCUCCGUGAUCUCCGUGUAGGACACUCCUUGUUUUAGGUGUAGCUCAUGAAAACAGCACGCGUCUUGGCUGUACCUCUAAUCAAAGGUGCUGUCUUUGUAUGUGGUACUGAAAAUGUCCUGUGUGUGUGUGCAUGGCCGCUGUUAGCCUUGCGGCUUGGUUCAAAUGACUGUGUUGAAUUAAAUGAGGAGGAAACUUCA